AUAAAUAAAAAAAACAUUUUUAAUAAAUUGAAAAAUACAAUAAAACCUUAACAUUUCUAUAAUAAACUAAAGUAAAAAUGGGUUUAAAUAUUUCACUCCUUCCUUCCUGUAUAAAUGUGUUAGUUGUGUUCCUUCUCUUCCUCCAGUGAAAGUGUCUUUGUGUUACAUAAUACCUGUGUUAGAUGUCUGGAGGCCGUCCAGGUUCAAACAGGUCACAUAAAGUGAAACAGGAACAUGACUGACGUCCGGUAGUCGUCCUGCUGCAGGCUGUAAGAUCUGAUCUGACGUGAGACACAUGAAACCGUCUGAAACAACAACAACGACGAUGACAACAAUAGCAGCUUUGUGUGAGCUGCUGGAGAGCCGGCAGAGCUGCUUUCUGAUGGCCUCGGGGAGGGGAGGUCAGAGGUCAUCUCCACAGCAUCACCCUGCAGACACACUUCCUGUGUGGAGCAGUAGAGGAGGAGUCUGCGAUGUGUCCUGGUAAUCAGUGUCAGUGUAGUGAGCUGACGUCUGUAAUCCUCUUAUUCAGUAUAAUACACCUGCUGCUGAGCACAGGCGACUCUAACAGGACUCCAACAGCUGAGGACAUGAUCCACUGAGUCCCUGUCCACUGUCCGACAUGCUGGGUGGAGAUCUGGUGGCGGCGUGGGACGUGGCGCUGAGCGACGGCGUCUACAGGGUGGAGUUCGCUCAUGGAACGACCACGGGGAAACGCAUCGUGUACGUCAACGGACAGGAAGCGGUGAGGAAGGACUGGCUGUUCAAGCUGGUGGGGAAGGAGACGUUCAGCGUGGGGAGCUCCAACACCAGAGCCACCAUCAUCAUCGAGGCCGUCGGCGGCUUCGCCUACCAGUACACGCUGGAGGUGGACGGAAAGAGUCUGCAGACCUUCAUCGACAACCGGGCCAAGACCUCCAAGACCUGGCUGCUCCGGGUGGAGGAUCGGGACUACAGGGUGGUCCUGGAGAAGGACACGAUGGACGUUUGGUGCAACGGACAGAAAAUGGACACGACGGGCGAGUUCGUGGACGACGGCACGGAGACGCUCUUCCUGUUGGGCGAACACGAGUGCUGCAUCAAGGCGACCAGCGGUGGGAAGAAAAAGGGCGGCAUUGUGCACUUUUUACUGCUGGAUGGAGAGAAAAUACCAGUUUCAACACAACAAUAGACAGCUGGAACAGAGCUGAGAGCUCAAAGAGACUCUAUGAGUGACGAGGUAUUUAAAGUACCACGCAGUACUACAGCAGUACUACAGCAGUACUACAGUAGUACUUAUGUUUUUCAACAUUUAGUUGACACAUUUAGAAAAUACAGAUAUGUUCAUGUAAAUAUAAAUAAACACUGAAAUGUGCAGUUUAA